AUGCGCUUUUCCUCGUUGCUAGUCGUCGCAGCGACGGCGAGCGCUUCUACAUUGACUCCUCCUGUCCUACCUUUAAUUGUCCGCAAUCCGUACCUGAGCACAUGGCUAGGUAACGCUCGUGAUGCGCCUUGGGAACAAUGGCCCUAUUUCUGGACCGGCUCCAGCCUCGGCUUCUCGGUGAUGGCUUCAGUGCCCGACACCAGCACCGUAUAUCCUUUGCUUGGGCGGCCCCAGGAUUCUUUGCCCCUAUCCUCCAAAUACUAUAAUGUAUCUGUCCCGUCAUAUUUGGGCGCAACCUUCGACGCUUCCACCACGAACUUAUCAUACUCGAUUCCUCCUCCUCCCGGAACGUCCGCGCCCGUGAAGGUCGUGCUCUCCUUCCUCUCGCCCAUCACGCCCACCUCAACCUUCCGACAGUCGAUCCCUGCUGCGUAUUUGACUGUCCACGCUGAAGGGCCUUUCGACAUCAACAUUUACACUGAUGUCAAUGGUGAAUGGGUCAGCGGCAACAGGGACAGUAGCAUAAUCUGGGAGCUGAGCAAAGCAAAGGCCUCGCACAAGCAAAGCGCUGCCCUCAAGACCUGGCAAGUUGGCAGACAGUACCCGCAGCUGCUUACCGAGUUUGCCGACCACGCAGAAUGGGGUACUCUGCACUUCACUGGUCCGGCCGACGUCUCUCACCAGGCUGGCACAUCCGCCAAGCUUCGCCAGCAAUUUGCGACCAAGGGCUCCCUGACCAACGAAGUUGAUACCUCAUACAGGAAGAUCAUGGACGAUGAGCCAGUUUUUGCCUUCUCCAAGGCUUUCCACCUGAGUAGCAAGACUGGCAGCGAGUCUGCAUCUGGUGACAGCAUUCUAUUCACGUUUGCUCUUGUCCAGGAACCCGUCGUUCAGUUCGCGGCUGCCAGGGGACUGACACAGAUGCGUCCGCUGUGGUCCUUCUACUUUGCCACCCCGGCUGAGUUGAUCCAAUACCAUUACGAUGACUUUUCUGCGGCUAGCCUGCUCGCAGGGAACUAUUCGAACCAACUCGCUAUCGAUGCAUUUGCUUCUGGGUCACAAGACUACCAGGAUAUUGCUGCGGUGUCAGCUCGUCAGGUCCUUGGCGCAACCCAGUUCUCUGGAACCCCUGAUGACCCGAUCCUGUUCCUCAAAGAGAUCUCUUCCAACGGAAACUUCCAGACGGUCGACGUGAUUUUCCCCGCGUUCCCCUUUUUCCUGUACACGAACCCUCGCUGGCUCGCGUACCUGUUGGAGCCUCUGCUGGAACACCAGCUCAGCGGACAGUAUCCCAAUGAUUACAGCAUGCAUGACCUGGGUGCCCAUUUCCCGAAUGCGACUGGACAUCCCGAUGGAAAGGACGAAUACAUGCCCGUGGAGGAGUGCGGGAACAUGCUCAUCAUGGGUUUGGCACUUGUCAAUGCCUUCAAGUAUGAUACUCAGCCGGCUUUCCUCAAAUCCGUCGAUGAGCAUGCGCACCCCCAUAUGUCUUUCGAGGCGGAGAUCAGCAGUAUUCGACCAUGGGCGCUCUCCAUGGAUUCUUACGGCAUAGACCGUUGCUCGGCCGUUGCUGCCAUGAGGGGCUCGAAAGAGGCAGAGAAAUGGGUGUCCAGAUCUUACGAGCUCUGGACAAAGUGGACAGGAUACCUGGUUCGCGAAUCACUGAUUCCGGCCAAUCAGCUCUGUACGGAUGAUUUCGCUGGAUGGCUUUCGAACCAGACAAACCUAGCCCUGAAGGGUAUUAUUGGUAUCAAGGCGAUGGCCGAGAUUUCUAAUGUUCUGGGCAAGACGGAUGAUUCCAAAUACUACGCGGACAUCGCGGCCGACUACAUUGACCAAUGGCAAGACUUUGGCAUUUCCAGGGAUGGCACCCACGCGAAGCUGGCCUACACCUGGUAUGGUUCUUGGACGACGAUCUAUAACCUCUUUGCAGACUCGCUUCUCUGCUUCCACUUGCCCGAGGAGAAGAAGUCAACCCUCAGCGGACAAGUCACCCGGUGGUUCCAGAAGGCCUUUGGCGUCGAUACGCACUCGACGUUUGUACCGGAUAAGGUGUAUAGCAUGCAGAGCAACUGGUACCAUGCCGUGUUGCAGCACUAUGGGCUCCCGCUCGAUAGUCGCCAUCUCUACACGAAGAGCGAUUGGCAGUUCUUCGCCGCGGCAGUAUCUAGUAAGAAGACUCGGAUGGAGAUUCUCCAGAGUGUUGCAACAUGGGUCAACGAGACCACAACUGACCGACCAUUCACCGAUCUUUACGAAACGGAAGGCACCGGUGGUUGGCCUGGCCCUCACUUUAUGGCUAGGCCCGUCGUCGGAGGCCAUUUCGCCUUUCUGGCACUAGAAAGGGCUUGCGGGGGCAGGGCAGUAGAGGCAUUGAGCUUCUUAAACGAGCCUGCGGCGUUUGCGGAGGUUGAUGUUGGCAAGGCACUGGAGGCCGAGAUCAUCAGCGGAGGUGUCCUGGGUAAGGAUCAACAGGUCAUCAUGGAGGAUUUGUAA